AUGAACAUACACGCUAAGCCAAAUCAAGUAACGUGGAUUGUACGUCAUGAUUCGAGUGGCACUGAGCUACUUAUCCAUACUUAUCUCCAUGCCAGGAUACAAAUACUUGACUUAGCUGUAACUUCUUCCAAAUCCAAGCUCUUCUUCAACGAGUUUGAGUCCAGCGGUUGCAACAGCAGCGACUACUUCCACGGUGUCGUGUGCGAUAACAAGACUGGUGCGGUCACGAAGCUACAACUCCCAAGUGGCUGUCUCACUGGCGCUCUCAAGCCAAACAGUAGCCUCUUUGGAUUCAACCAUCUCCGUUACCUUGAUCUCUCUUUCAACGACUUCACAUCCUCUUCACUACCUUCUGAGUUCAGCAAUCUCAACAGAUUAGAGGUUUUGUCUCUUUCCUCUAAUGGCUUCAUUGGUCAAGUUUCUUUGUCAUUUAAUAACUUCAGCCAGCUUUCCUAUUUAGACCUUUCCUAUAACAACUUGUCUGGAACUCUGAUGAACCCUAACAGUAGCCUAUUCGAGUUGCACCACCUUGUUUACCUUGAUCUCUCUCACAACAAAUUAGGUUCCUCCUCAAUUCCUUCUGAGAUUGGCAAACUCAACAGAUUAGAGGUCUUGUUUCUUUCCUUCAUGGGAUUGAAAGGUGAAGUUCCUUCCUCAAUUAGUAACCUAACCAACUUAAUCAAGCUUGAUCUCUCACAGAACAAGCUCACUGGCAGUUUCCAACUUGUCCAGAACCUCACCAAGCUUUCCAUUUUAGACCUUUCAGAUAACCACUUCUCUGGAGCCAUCCCUUCUUCUCUGCUCACUAUGCCUUUCUUGUUACAUCUUGAUCUUGGUGAAAACUAUCUCACUGAUCCUAUUAAAGUUUCCAACUCCUCUUCAUCUACGCUCGAGCAUUUGCUCCUUGGGGAUAACCUUUUUGAAGGACGAAUCCUAGAGCCUAUCUCAAAGCUCAUCACCCUCAUAUCUCUCCACCUUUCUUACCUAAGCAUAAGCUACCCAAUUGACAUUAGAACCCUCUCCUCUCUCAAAUCUUUGCAGAUCUUGAAUCUUGCCGACAUAUCUGUGCCCAAGGGAUCAAGAUCGAAGAAGAAAAAGUAA